ACGUCACUGCAUGUUAUGGUUUAGCUGGCUGGCGUGAACCGGUCAUAAACACUUACUAGUUACAAGCGAGAGCAUGGAUUUAUCAAUUCUAGGAGAACGCGUUUUCCAAGCCGAUUUCAUCCGAAAAAAACGCUAUCGGAAGGGACGAAGGGAAUACCUUGUCAAAUGGAAGGGAUACUCUAUCAAACAUUGCACGUGGGAGCCCGAGAAUAAUAUCCUUGACCCACUACUCAUAGCAGAAUACAAUGAAAAGAGAGCGGAAUGGGUGAUGGCACGAAGAAGAAGCCGACUACAAAAACGUCGCCAGAGUCAGAUGACAGACGGCUCACAUUCAAGUGAUACAGCUGACGAGGAUAGUGAUAACUGUUCCAGUGCCAAAAGCCCGCUAUUCGAGGACCAGGAAACUGAACGACGAUCCGCCAUGGCUCCGUCUAUAUGGCCGUGCUUUCCACGGGAGGAGAAAUACAGCGAUUCUCUGUUACCCUUGGAACAUCUCAGUCCUGACGCAAAUCUUGAUCUGGGACCCAAAUCCAGAUUCCAAUAUGGUUUGAACACCCAUCCGAAGUCCUUCACCAUUACAAGUGACACCAAGACUGAACAGAAGCCAUCAUACGAAGAAACGCACGCAGCUGUGACGCCAGACUACACAACUACUGACGUCACACCAUAUCCCUUCGACGGGCUCAUUGGAGAAAACUUCGACGCAUCCAAGUUAAAUGAACCAUCCACAGAGGUCAAGGACCAACUCCCAACGCUUCAGGACCAAAUCUCACAAGACAAGGAAAAUCUCAUAACGGAUAAACCUUUGAAAGACGAAGACCAAGACCUGAAGGCCAAUGUUACCCCCGCGAACGAUCAGGAACAGCAAGAGAAAGACAAGAUUCCGCUCACUGAUACGGAAAAGAGUUGUGAUAAGAAAACGGACUCAUGUGAACAGAGAAGCGAAAAGUGUGUCAAAGUUCAAAAGUCUGGGACGAAAAAAGAAAAAUCAGUUUGUAAGAAAAGACUGUGGUAUCCCUUCACUGGGGAAACCCCGUACAAAGUAUACGUCACAGAUGUGAACCUGAACUGUGUCAAUGUGACAUUCGUUGAGAGCUCAACUAAGAGGGGAUUUUUUGAAGACUGAAGACAUCUUGUCUGAUUUUUGAAUCUGAGUUUAUUUUUGUGACCCUUGACUUGUGAUACGGAAGUGACGUUUAAGAUUUGUUGGUGAUAUAUCUAUAUGUGUAAAUAUUGUUAUGAUUUGGGGCCAAAGUGAUUAAUUUUCGACUUUUCAACAGUUGGGGGAUUACUGGAAGAUAACGUUUCCAUGGAAACUGUGUUCAUGAUGUUUUCAUUCUUUAAUAACUGUAUUACUAUCUACCAUUUAUGAUUUUGAAGUCCUUCUUCAGCUAGGACUGGACUGGACGUUUUUUUUGUACAGCCAGAGAUUGCGUAUUUAAAAAAACAAAUGCUUUGAAUUAUUUUCGGACUUGUUCUUUUAAGAUGGUUCCUUUGAAGUGGACUUUACCUGAGGGGAUUUUACUGGAGUUUUUUUGUUGAUGUAGAGUGUAGUGUUAAGAAUGUUGAUUCCGGUGGCCAUUUUAAAGACUAAACUAAAUACUAAACUGUGUUCUUAUUGUCAUUUUAAAUAACGGACCAGAUUUUAUCACGUCAUAUAUUUGCUCACUAGAUUCUCUUGUGGUCAAACUAAGCCUAAAAUGGACGAAAAACAAAAUGUUCAAUAUUUAGACAAAAGUGGACUAUUUACCUGAGGGGAUUUACGUAGUUUCGUCUACUGACCUAAAUUCCGUUUAUGGUUUGACAUCGUCCUCAGACCUAAAGGUCACGGGAUAAUGAUAUCGUUCACGAUGUGCAAACAUUCAAUCGUCUCGUGCAAUAUAUCUGACGUCAUUAUUAGGUUCAUGGGAUAUAGUAUAAACUUAGCCUGCUCGAGACUAUAAAACAUAGACCACAUUUGUUAAUGGCUUUAUUUAAAUAAACAAAAUCUAUUGUUGAAUAUUUAAUGUUUUAAAUGAUUCAUUUGUUUCUAUUUUUUAAACGAUGGCCUGGGGAAAUAGAACAUGGUUGAUUACUGUUCGCUAGUAUAUCAGCCUGUAGCAAUUUUUAUUUCAAACGGUUGCUUUUCUCGCCGUUAAAAGUACAAGCCAUGACUCCUCUCUCCAUCCUUCUCGUGUUGACCUCCAAUCAGGGUUAACGUAACAUCGCUUCAACAAUUCGGUGUAUAUAAAAUCCCUUGUGUUGUACACAAUUAUCUAUCCAUUUGCUGGUUACACUAUUUAGCCUAUAUCGUUUUUUUUAAGGACUUCGAAUUUUGACUAAUGGUUUGGAUUGUUCGUACUUGGUUUUAUUUUAUUAACACUAUUUUUGUGAAAACUGAAUAUCAUGCCACAAAUAGUUCAAUUCUGUUCAGUAUUCCCAAAGAUAUGAUAAGUUUAAACUUGGCCAUCAUUCAGGCAUCCACUGAGGCCUAUGUUAACUGGUUUUGGUCAAAACAAACCAGCGCCACCGAUGAUUUUCACUGACAUUUAUGAUGGGCCUCUUGUUAAUCUGAAUCCAAACCAGAACAUCUACUAUUGAUGUUUUGGUUUUGUUUAGAAAUUAAAUGUUAAUUGAUCAAUUUGAGUUCAUUUUGUCGUGGUUCGUGUCAUAAAACUUCAGCCAUUGACCGACAACUACAAGCGACGUCAUCUAUAUAGUGUAAUAUUCCAAUCGCGCUAAAAGGCUGAAGAGCUUAUUCAUAAAAACCUGCUUUGAUUAGCGUCAAGCAGACAGACCGUAUGAUAUACUUUAAUGACCGGCUUAAGGUCAGAACAUGAUUUAUACGAGCAUGACAAAAAGGUUUUAUGUCUAGAAAAAAACAACAAUUUGUUGGGGUUUUUUUUGUUUUUUUGAAAGUACAAACCAGUCAAAUUAUCCAUGUUUGUCUGAUGCUCGGGAUAUGCUAAAUAAUAUAUCAAUCGGAUUAAAGCACAAAUCCUAUUUCGUUUCGUUUUUUUUUUAUUGUUCAAAAUUAUGUUCACUUGUCUUCACUUAUGGAGAACGCUAGAUCGGAGACGGUCCUGUGCAUUUUAGCACAUAUGGCGUCAUAUUAUGUGGGUAAGGGUAAGGGUUAGGACCUGCAGAAUUCAUCAAAGUCUCGAGGUGUAAACAUGGCUAACGCUAACCCUUACCCUAACCCUGGACAUAGCUCAACCCUUACGCUAACCAACAGUCAUAUGUGCAGGACCGUUUCCGAUCUAGAGUUCUCCCUUUCACUACACCAUUUAGUGGAGCCGAUCUAAAGUAUAAAACAACGAAACGAAAGAUAGAACUGUAUUUUUAUCAGAUUGAUAUAGUAGGCCUAUAAUAUUAUGUGAUUUGAGAUUCUGGCCUGUUGCUAGUUGGAAGGUUUUGGUUUUUGGAUAUGACAUAUCAGCAGACGAUCUUAAUUGUAUUUUUUGACAUUUUAUUUAUUUGUUUGUCUUUUUAAAAAAAACACAAAAAAUUACACAUGACGUUUUAAUUGUAUUAUAUCAUCUUAUAUUAUAACAUUUUAUGAUACGUCAUCGAUAUGUGUGUGUGUCUUGUUUAACGUUUUGUGCAAUUAUUUUAACGUUUUUUACAGUUUGGACACUUGUACUCAUGUGUAAUCGUUAAAUAAAUAUGUAUGUUGAUUACGUCAUUGGUUACGGUUUUAAAGAUGGCGUCCACUAUCAUUCAUGGAUGGAAUAGCUAGGACAUCUGAAAUUAACCAAUUCCCAAUGUCAGUCUUUAUGACGUAUAUACAUGACGACAACCAAUCAGAUUAUGCAUUCGUUGUCACGUCGUUUAAUUGACGCCAUUUUCUCCAACAACCUGAAAAUUCAAUUUGAAAUUCAUGUUUUCUAUUCAAAGUCCAAAUUUCCUUUAAAAUGAACAAUCCACUGGAUGAAUGUGACUAUCGGGAGAGGUUUUCACAGACGUCUUAAAAAUGUAGGUUUUUUGGAGAAAGUUGCCAAGGGAGACAUGGCGGCUAAAUCUAUUUGUUAAGGUCAGUUACGUUGGGAUUAGCGCUAGCCCUGUUUACAUCUCGUGACCUAUGACGAAAAUUUGAACUGGCCUUAUCAUUUAGCAUGACUAUCUUUGCUUUGGGGAUAGGUUUAUUAUCAGUGUGACAAAAUGGCGUUUCUUUGUACAAAAAUUGUAUUAUUUAUUAUACUGAUAUAUCCAUCUACUCGUUACAAAAGUUUUUGUCUGUAUUUUAACAUUUGGAUGCAUUACUCCCGUCAAAAUGCAAAACCUAGUAACUCACUUUUUUCUUAUUUUGAGAAAACAAAGGAAAACGUAAUGAAUGAAUAUUAAACCCCCAGCUUAUCCACUGAUUUGACUAUUGAGUUGCUAGGUUUUUCUGUGGCAUACUAUAGGCAAAUGAAGGAAGUUGCUAGGUUGUGUCAUGGGUGUAACUGCUUACAAAAUCAAAAGAGUGGAAGAUCUAGUACAACAACAGGAAGCACAUAUCCUAGUAACUAUAAAUUUGGUCCUAACUCAUCUUUGAUUAAAAAAAAGUGAGUUACUAGGUUUUGCCUUUUGACGGGAGAUUUGUUGUCAUGUUUUGAAAUAGUAAAUUCAACAUGAUAUGUAAAUCAAUAGGAUGUCUUUCUCGCUUGUUUAUCAAAAUAAUUUAAAUUAAGAUGCGAUAUUACAAAAAAAUAAAUAAAUAAAAAAAUAAUUAUAUCGAAAGAAAAAAAAUUGUGAUAUGAACUUUAUUUGUAGAUAUAUUUGUAAGAAAAGAACAAAAAAUAGAAAAUGGAGAAACUGGAGUCAAAAAAAUAUAAUAACAUUUAAGGUGAAAUAUUGAAUUGUUGAUCGAUCUGGAACGAUAUUGUUAGAUUACUAUUGAACAUUUAAAUAUAUAUUUUGGAUGCAACCCUACUUGGGGGUAAUUUAUAAAAUGUUUGAGCUUAUUUAUAAGAUUUCUGGCCCGUAGCUACCGGGGCGGGAGAGGGGAUGUUGGAGAGGGGGGGGGGGGGGGGGGGCAAGAGGGGCGCGUUAGUCGUUGGCUUUUAUUGCGUCCAAUGGAAAGGGCGCCCAUUGGGGGAACCGAUUCUUUCUCCAAUGGGCACAGGCACCAUUGGGUGCGCCGAUAUAUUUCCAGGAGAGGCAGCAGCCCCUCUUGCCCCCCCCCCUCCACCUAGCUACGGGCCUGGAUUUUCGUUAUUGUUGAUUUGUUGCUAAUUGAAUCAGUUGUAAUUCGUUUUAAACGAUAUAAUAAAGUUCAAAAUGUUUUUGGUAAACGACUUUUUUUUCGCUUUUUUUUAAUAUGAAAACGAACACAAAAUGCUGUGAAAUGAAAAUGGGUUUAACAUCUCAUGUUUUUGUACUUAUCACAAAUUAAUAGCUCAUUACGUCAUAUCCUGAACACUUGUUCUUGUUUCCACGGAAACAGAAAUUAAUAUAGUGUAAUAAACACAAUGAUGUCAUAUUUUUUAUUUAAAGCGAUGUUUCGUUGAGGCCCCUUUCGCCACUAUCAAGCAACGUCGCUUUAAAAUAAUAUGACUCAAAAAGUUCACAUAUAUAUAGAUUUUUCAUUGGCUAAGAAAAAUGGAUCCAGACUUACGGUUCGCGUAACGUUUAAAUUUGAGUUCAUGUAAUUAACCAAUGAAAAUGACGUAUACUAAAGGUAUUCCAAGUUUACGAAACGAAAUACAAAAUCCGCUAACAAUGAAUUUGAGUAUUUUAAUGGUACAUGUAUAUAGAAUGUAUUUUUUAGAAGUAUAAAAAUGAUUUAAUAUAUUUAUUGUUACUUCUACCCUGUGAAUGAAACUCAUCAAUAAAAUCAAUUAAAACUA